AUUUCACCUCCCAUUUCCCGAAGCCAUACAGUCUCUCACCCUUGACCGAAAAAGGCAUCUUCUGACUUCUGUUCGUUCUCUCUCAAUCCUUACCAUACACGGACACACAGGGCACCACAAAAUGGGGUGCUUCGAAAGCAGCUGCGAGUCUGAGUCGAACCAUCUCUUCAGCUUGGGUACCGAGGUCGAAGUAAGCAACGACGAACCGGGGUUCAAGGGCUCGUGGUAUCUGGCCACUAUAAUCGAGCUCCCCACACCCAAGAAGCUCAAGAAGGCAAGGGUCGAAUACCGGACCUUGAUCACUGACGAUGGGUCCGAGCAGCUCAAGGAGUACGUCGAUCCGGCCUAUAUAAGGCCUUUGCCUCCUCAAGAGGUCGCGGCCCAGGAUUUGGAGCACGGGGAGGUUGUUGGUGCGUAUUGUAGGGAGGGGUGGUGGACUGGCGUGGUAGUCAAAGUUCUGGGAAAUUCGAAGUACAGGGUUUUCUUCGAGAAUCCACCCGACGUGAUUGAGUUUGACCGAAAAGAUUUGAGGGUGUACCUAGAGUGGCUCAAUGGGAAGUGGGUUCGGCCUGAAAAGCUGCAAGAGACAGGUUCAAUUUUUAGCUCAGGAAUGGAUGUAGAAGUGAAUGUCAAAAAAGAAAAUUUAUGUGAUGCUUGGUUCCCUGCAAUUCUCAUUAAAGAUAACAGGGAUGACACAUUUUUGGUGAAGUAUAAGAGCUCAAGAAAUGGUGUUGAGGCUGAUUUUGGUAGCAUUACUGUAGAUUUGCUCCAUAUUCGGCUUUCUCCUCCACCUCCUCACGCAGACAAAAAAUAUGAUGUUUUGGAAAAAGUGGAUGCAUUUUGUGACUUUGCUUGGCGAGCUGGUGUGAUUGCCAGACGUAUUACUGAUAAGUAUCUUGUCUAUUUCAAGCAUGCGAAUGAGGAUAGGAUAAUCGAUCAAUCAAAAAUAAGGCCUCGUGUGGUGUGGAAAGAUGGGAAAUGGGUUAGUAGAUAUCAGGAAGUAUUGCUUGCUCCAGAUAUUCAAGAACAUUUGAGGCAUGCUAAGACUACAAGUAACCCUGAGGGAACCGUUCAAGUUGAAAGUUCAGGUGUCACAAAGGAUGAUAUGGGCAACAAAACACCUCUUUCUGCAAAUUCUUUAAAGAACUUGAUAGAACUCUCAAGUCCUGGUGAUGAAAAAGAAGCACAGUAUACCUCGACACAAAGCAUGAAGAAAAUGAAACUACCCACCACCCCCCAUGGUAAUUCUACAGACUCACAUCCUUCAAAAAAGUUGAUAACAAGGAGAACGGCUGGGGAAAUGUUAUUCGCUGCAGAAUGUCAGUUAAGGAAGCAGCGAAAGAAAAUAUCAACUGAAGCAGUUUCUAGAUUGGAUACUGCAAACAGUGGAGGUAAAAAAACAAGACACUCUGAGGUCGAUGGCAAUAAACCUUCUGCUGUGGAUGCAACGGAAGUUUGGCCCAAGCAACAGAAGCAUAGUCAAUUAGACAGUGAAAAAACAAAUUCUGGUAAAAGGAAGAAGAGAAUAUCAAUGAAAUCAAAAGUAAAAAGCCCACCGUCUUCAGCAUCAGGUGGUGGCACUGCAAAAGAAAUUGUUUGCGAGGGUGCAAGUAAAGAAGCUGGAAUGCCUAUCAUCAUAGGUUUAGAAGCUAAGGGGAUGGGGGGUUCAGACUCUGGAAAUUGUGGUCAGCUUUUAGAUCAGAAGAAGAAUACAAAUUCUCCGACAGAAGAUAGGCCAAUGGUCGUGUCAUCUCAACUUGCUAGUGAUUCAAGUUUGGCUUAUCUUCUACAUAGCUUGGGUCUGUGUCUAGACAUGGAGAUAGAUCAGCAGAAAUCUGGAGGAAACAGCAUCAAAAGAAAGAGAGGGAGACCCCGUAAAGUAGUGGUCACAAGCUCAAAGGCUUCAGAGGAAGGAAAGGAACAGAAUGGAGCUGGAGGUGCUGCUGAUGGAACUGUUAAAGAAGAUUGUCCAACCCAAGAAGUUGCUUCAGAUAUGCUGACUGAGGGGAAAUCUGCAGACCCUCAUGAUGUCUCAACAACAAAUGAUGUUGGCAGUACAAGUGUUGCAACAUCCGGCAAUAUGGAUGAUGAUGAUCAGCCUCUGUCAAAAUGGUUCGUUGGAAUGCUGCAUUGUCCAACGAGUGUCAAAGAAUCAAAACUGUCACCUGGAAGGACUAUUGAUGAAUGCGAGGAAGCAAGAGAACAAGUUGAUAUUGUGCGGCAAGUUCCUGCAGCUGAUGCCACAGCGUGUAUGUUGGACGAGAAUAGAAAGUUGCCUUUUGUGAAGAGUUCGCCAGUCUGGAAGGCAAUUGAAUCGAUGGAAAUAUUCAUUAUAAUGCCACAAAAUCCACAUUUUCUUCCUUUGGGUAAAUGUAAAGAGGAGUGUCGUGAGGGAUUGGCUAUUGGCAAUAUGGUAACUUUUGCAAGUUUGGUUGAGAAAAUAUCCAAGUUGCGACUAGAUGACCCUAGAAGUACUUUUGAUGGCUAUUUGGAGAGUCUUCUUGACUUGGAAAAACAUGGAUUUGAUGUUACAGUUGUCCGAGGACGAAUAAAUGAAUUGCUUUCAAUUAAAGAUGGGCAAGGGCGGUUUCUGAGUGAAUCGAAAGAUGUGGAGUGUAAGAUGCUGCAUUGUAAUCGUGAGAAAACUGAAAUGGCUGAAGAGAUGGCCAAUAUUAUUGAGCAGAUGGCCGAGCUACAGAAGAAACAUGCAUUGAUCAAGUCAGAAUUGAGAAAUAAAAAACACGAAAUUUCCAGGUUGCAGAUACGUGUGGAUGCAAUCAAUCGAGACAUUCAGAGUGGUCGCCUUGAUUUUGAGAAGGCAGCUGCCGCCCCUUGGAAAUUGGGAUGAUAUCCUCUCCACAACAACCCUUAUUGUCUUCCUUAUCUCCUGCUCCAGCCCCCUCUGUUGUUUUAUUGUCCUGGUGGCACUGCUCAACUGACUAUGGAAGUUGUUAACAUAGCACAUUAGACUGGUGUUGAAAGAAGUAGGUUUGUAUUUGACCUUGUACAUGGAUUCUCUACGACUCCCCUUUCUUUUAUAUCUAAUCUUAACACGCCAUUCUCUGUGUUUGAUGGCAUUUUGCCUCUUGACUUUUGAAUGUUUUAUUUUGUGACCAGCUAUUGAUGCUAUGUUGGUGUUUUGCUGCCAGUCUUUUGAAAGCUAGAGAUGCAUAACCUGUUUA